CCCGUCCCAUCGCAAGUGCUAAUUGCGGCUCUUUUCUGGCUCCUCUGUAUUUGGGUCCCUCGGAGGGCGCUGCGCGGGCGGACACGUCACGGAUACAUUAUCCCCUCCCCUCUUGAGGCUCUCUUGGCUUUCUGCAGCCUUUGCUAAAGAAUUAACGGAGGGGUCCACUUCAGAGCUCCUUCUGCCCCUGGAAAAAAAAAUAAUAGAAAAAAAAAGAAAAAGGGAAAGAAAAAAAAAAAAGCGGCGAUAUCGGUGCUUUCAGGCGAGGAGCGUGCCGGCUAGGAUUUCUAAGAGAAGGGAAAUUUUACCUUCGAGCCUUGCCGUAUGGUGAGGAUCGCCGCUCCUUGCGGGAGGUGAAGGUAGCGAACCCUCCCUUUAGCCUUUGAAAGGCAUGUCUAUGCGAAAGAGCCACCGCUUUGCUCUUUAAAUACGUGACAAAUAAAAAAAAAAAAAAGAAAGAAAGAAACAAUUCCUGAUAUUGCAAAUUCUUUUUCUUUAAAAGGAGGGAAAAAAAACCCCAACCAAUAAAUAAAUCCAACAAAAUCAAUCCCGCGCCUUUGCCAGCGCUCGGACUUGUUUGGAAAGAGACAACGCUGAAGUGGCACUGGUCCCGAGGAAAACGGAUCCUUUAAUUUGACUCCGCAUGAGAACCACAUUUGGAGCUGGGCGCAGCGGCCGGAGCGGCGGGAGCAGCCCCGCCGCCAGCAGCCCCCCGUGCCCGCAGCCCCGCCGCCAGCCCAGCCCCGCCGCCGCCGCCGCCCCGUGGGGCUCGGCGCCCCCCGCGCCCAGGCGCUGAAGCAGCCCCUCGGGGACGGGGGAAAGCGUCUUUCUGCCGCAAGACCAGCCGCCGCCCGCCGAGAGCUGGCCGAGAGGGAAGCGUCUGAAGGAAAUGCGAGCUUGCGAUUUCGGAGGACUCCAGCCAUCAGCUCCCUCCGCACCGGCUUUGACUUUCGUUUAGCGGGGGGGGGGCUGCUGCCUUGCCGGCUUGUCGUCUCCUCGGCAUCUCGGGCUCCGGGACCAGAUCACUUUGCACUUCGUUAAACGAGCAGCGCGGUCUUUUCUUUCUUUUUUUUUUUUUUUUAAGAGGCAAAGUGUCCAAAAAUGGUUCAGCCUGCUUAGCCCAAUGAUUUCUUGCGUGGACGCUCUAUUUUUAAUAUUUUUUUAUUAUUACUUUUGGACGGGGAAGGAUUGAGCAGAAGAAAUCCUUUAGUGAAGGGAACCCAGUGAUUUGCUCCCCGUUGAGGAGAAGAUCCGAUUCCAGCUGCAGGCAGAGGACCGUGGUUCGUUAGUCGCGAUGAAGGAAAAAUCCAAGAAUGCGGCAAAGACUAGACGGGAAAAAGAAAAUGGAGAAUUCUACGAACUGGCCAAACUCCUGCCCCUGCCCUCGGCCAUCACCUCCCAGCUGGACAAGGCGUCCAUCAUCCGCCUCACCACCAGCUACCUGAAAAUGCGAGCCGUCUUCCCCGAAGGUCUGGGCGACGCCUGGGGACAGCCGAGCAGGAUAGGGCCCUUGGAUAACGUGGCCAAGGAGCUCGGAUCCCAUUUGCUUCAGACUUUGGAUGGCUUUGUUUUCGUGGUAGCAUCAGAUGGCAAAAUAAUGUACAUCUCAGAAACAGCAUCUGUACAUCUUGGCUUAUCUCAGGUGGAGCUUACUGGUAAUAGCAUUUAUGAGUACAUACAUCCUUCUGAUCAUGAUGAGAUGACAGCUGUUCUUACUGCUCACCAGCCUCUUCAUCCUCACCUCUUACAAGAAUAUGAAAUUGAGAGAUCAUUUUUCCUGAGAAUGAAGUGUGUCCUAGCCAAGAGGAAUGCAGGAUUGACAUGCAGUGGCUACAAGGUGAUCCAUUGCAGUGGCUAUUUGAAGAUACGGCAGUAUAUGCUAGAUAUGUCUUUGUAUGAUUCCUGUUACCAAAUCGUUGGACUGGUGGCUGUAGGUCAAUCUUUACCUCCCAGCGCAAUCACUGAGAUCAAACUUCACAGUAACAUGUUUAUGUUCAGAGCAAGUUUGGACUUAAAAUUAAUAUUCCUAGAUUCCAGGGUGACUGAAUUAACUGGAUAUGAGCCCCAAGAUCUGAUAGAAAAAACCCUCUACCACCAUGUUCAUGGCUGUGAUGUGUUCCAUUUGCGAUAUGCUCAUCAUCUGUUGCUGGUGAAAGGCCAAGUCACAACCAAGUACUAUCGACUACUGUCCAAGCAUGGAGGCUGGGUUUGGGUACAGAGCUACGCUACUAUUGUGCAUAACAGCCGUUCAUCACGGCCUCACUGCAUAGUGAGUGUCAAUUAUGUCCUUACAGAUAUUGAGUAUAAGGAACUUCAGUUGUCACUGGACCAGGUUACCAUUUCUAAGUCACAGUUUUCAUGCAGAAACUCAGUAUCUACCUCGCAGGAAACAAGGAAAAUAGUAAAACCCAAAAGUAAUAAAAUGAAGGCAAAACUCAGAACAACGCCUUACCCACAACAGCAAUACAGCUCAUUCCAAACAGACAAACUGGAAUGCAGCCAGGUGGGAAACUGGCGAUCCAGCCCUGCAGUGAAUGCUGCCACCAUUCAAGAACAAAACUUCCAUUCAGAAAACAGUGAACUUUUAUAUGCCCCGUCAUAUAGCUUGCCUUUUUCGUACCAUUAUGGACACUUCCCUGUAGAUUCUCAUGUCUUCAGUAGCAAAAAGCAAAUGCUGCCUUCAAAGUUUGGGCAGUCUCAAGGAGCACCUUGUGAAGUGGCUCGAUUUUUCUUGAGUACGCUGCAGACAAAUGGAGAAUGCCAGUGGCAUUAUGCCAACUCCUUGGUACCCAACAGCCAGUCACCAUCCAAAAAUCUUCCUGAUCAACCAGUGAACAUCAUCCGACAUAAUCUUGCACAGAGUUAUGAAGUGCCCAUAUCAAACAGAAGAUACAGCCAAGAUGCUCUGUCUGACAACUUUACAAGCUGCACAGCACCCAUGCCAGGCAGCAGAUACAAAGAAGAGAUUUAUGAUUCCGGCAUCAUGAAACCCAACAAAAUAGAAACCAGGAUUCAGCCACCUCACCACCUCAUUAAAGAAGAAAACAAAUUAGCUUUUAACAGAGACCUACAAGAAAAAAUGAGCAUUAACGAAAGUUCUUUUUCUAAUUCAAUAACUAACUCCUUGCUGCCAAAAUCAGAAUGUUUCCAGUCUAAAUCUAUAGGACAAUUAAGUCAUCUCCUGCCAGUGCCCUCAGUAUAUGAGCAAACAAGAAGGAUUUGUAUGAAAGAACCCAAAUAUGGGCAUAUUAGUCACCACGCUACAAAUCUAGAUGAACUGGACAGUGAUGAUAGAAUGACUGUAAAGCUUGAUCAUGACUCUGAAAGUGAACGUGUGAUGGAUGUGAGACCCUCCGGACAAGUUCCAUUUGUGCUUCUAAAUUAUCACCAUGUUUUAGCCAAACAUGGUACAUUUCAAACUUCAUCAUGUACAGCAACAGGUCAUGUAGGAGAAAAUUAUGGAUACAAUUCUGAGGAAGUAAAUACAUUUAUUUACAAAACCCAAAGCCCCUCAUCAGCUUCUCCAGAAACCCACAAGGAAUCUACACUACCCCAUUAUAUUGGAACUUCUGUAAUAAUAGCCAAUGGAAGGUGACAGUAAUAGAGGAGUAUUUACAUUUAAUUAAGAAGCCAAACUGUAAUGAUUUGCAAAAAGCAUGAGAAAACAUGGUUACAUGUACUGAGCAUAGCUGAAGGUCAAUGAGGGACAGACUUGUGUGUUCCUGGCAAGCCAUGUGUAAUGGUACCUUCAAGGUCAGGAAAAAAACCCUACAUCCAGCUUCCGUGCUUUGUUGUCACAGAUUAAGCUCUGGUGCCACCGAGAAGACAUGUUACAGAUCUUAUUUUUGUUAUUUUAUAGUAUGCAACAAAAUUAAAUGAUAGGUGUUAUAUGCAGAGAUUUAUAUGAAGAACAUUUUUUUCCUCAACCCCUCCUUCUCAAAAUACAUUCAAGAUUUUUUUAUCAUUAACUACACACUCUAGUUUAGGUAUUUUUGACAAACUGUGUGAAACCUCACAUCAACUCUCCACCUACGUGUUAAAGACCCUGACAAAUGAACUUUGUUUAAAGAGUGGUGAUUUUUAGCAUCCAUAAUGCAGCUGUACUAACUAAGCAGAACUCAGUUUGGAAAAAGCUUAUUUAUUAAUUAUCCAAAAGUUUUUAAACUAAAUAAAUCAAGCCUAAAUUUGAUUUAUUUAACAUAGAUUUCAGUGUUCUGAGAUUGUUACCACCACCAUUUAUCUUGACAAAGAAUGAUAUGACAAAUUAAUACAUACAAAGAUACGUAUUAAAGGGUUACAGGUCUUGUCAUGGCAAAUUGGGACAAAUCCCAUAGCAGGAACUAGACACUAUUCCCCAUAAAAUGUUGUAAUAAGAAAAAGAAGCUUCUAAGCUGUGUGUUUCACUAAGUAUUCUGGGAGAAGGCUGUGCAGAUUUUCGAACCAGCUAGUCAAAAAUACAUCUUAAUAAUAGCACCAGAAAUGUUUUCUUUAUAGUCAAGGGAAUAAUGAUCAUUUAUGCUUUAUUUUAAACUUACCAGUAGACUUCUGAAGUUUGAAACAUUCACCUUUUAACACACUGAACUUCCUCAAGCAUAAAUCUCAUUGUCAACACAAAGGUAAGAUUAAUAUUUGACUGAUUCAUGCACUUCACAAAUAAUGUCAGUGGACAAUCCGAAUACGGAAAGUCAAAAGUCACUGCACAACCACAAAACCCAAAGUUGCACUUGAAGUAAAGCAGAGUUUGAGUACGUCGGGAACCGAAUGCCUUGCACACAUCUCAAUUUGUGCUAAUAAACUGUAGCAAGAGAAAGGCAUACAGCAGACAUUGACAUUUUGUCUAGCCUAUUAUGAAUAGAUUUCCCCCCUUUUUUUACUUCUUUGUAAAGUUUACAAACAAGGAGACAUAUGGAUCUGUGUGUGUUUAAUUGAUAACAGGCAGUCCACUUUGGUUUUUGACCACUUCCCCAAACAUUGUGUGCUCUUGAUAAAACAACGAAUGACUCCCUAAAUAAUAGCUCUAAAUACCAACAAUGAAGGUUGUUGUAGAUCUGAGUCAGCUAUACUUCGCUGUAUUUCUUGGCCCAACUCAAGGCUAAUUUACACUUUUAAAACUUUCUCUCUUUUAUCAGACUCUCUCUAUAGAGACCUUCGCUGAAGAAAAUGCUUACCUGGCUUGUGCAAUAUGGAAAAACAGUUGCUCAUGGAUUGCACCUUGUCAGAUACAAAUGUAAUGAAAUAUACUUUUAAAAAUUACAUGUUCUCCAUCUUUUAUAUGCAGCAAUAAUAUUCAGUCACGUCCUUGUAUGUAUGAAUAUUUAUUGCUAUGACUACACAAAAAUACUUUUACACCAUAUGUUUCAAAACAAUUUUCGGUAUUUUUAUUGCUUCCUAUUAAAGGCUUAACAGAGAAGGUUUUAUUAUGAAUUUAAAUUGAUGUUGACUUGGAAGCUCACAGUUGUCUGACUUUUUCAUUUGCUAAAAAAGCAUGAAAAAUAUAUUUCGUGAUAAAUAUAACAAAAAUACCUGAUCAGCCAUUACCAGAAUACUGCCUUAAAAAAAAAAGCAGAACCAAACCAGCAUAUUCACUCACUCAGUAUAACUGUGCUCCUUGGUUUGUCUAAUGCUAGAGAAGUUAGCAAGUCUACAGAAAUGUUAUGAAUGAAUAUUAUUGUCAUUCUGACUUCAUAAAUUGAAGUGAUGAGACACAAGUUGGUUUUACAGUGGCUUUGGUUAAUAGCCUUCCCAGCCAGCAUUACUAAUAAAUGGGCCCAACUCCUUAGAAGAUGCAAUUAUGCUGACUUGUAUGUUAAUUUUUUUAAAUUAAAACCAUGCCCUAUAAAGGAGUAACUGACAUAUUGUUUGCAUCAUUAAAAAGAAACCUGAUGCGCAACUCUCAUGCUACACUUUUCUCUAUACCUCAUUAGUGACAUUGCUGCACACAAAGUCAAUCUGGUGUAUUUUUCUGUUCUUGUAAGUACUUGUCACUAUAAAAACAUGUUUUCAGGAAUGUACAAAUUAGGCUUCGGUUAAAAAAUGCCAUUGAUAUUUUUCAGUAAAAUACCACAAAAUAUUUUUCCAGCGUCUACCUUGUUAUUCACACUUCCAGGCUUUAUUCAAUGAGCCCGAGCAGAGGAGGUGUUCCAUCAUUCUCCCACAGAUGUUUUACAGUAUGUGAUAUUCAGGUACAUGAACUUUCCCUGUUAGGCAAUAAUGAAUCAAUUAUGCAUUCACAUAUGACAAUACAGGGUAGGCUUUAGAAAAGACCUGUGAUUAAAAAAGCAAAUGUGUGAAACGUUUUUCCUGCCAUUCCAAAAUAGAAACAGCAAUUGCAUGUUCACAUCUGGAAUGUGCGUGAAUUAUAUUGAGAGAAAAAUACGACUUCUAGUCAGUUAAACUACAGAUGUUCAUAGCACAAUCAUACUGCAGAAUGCGGCACAGCCACUGACAGUGGCAAUGUUUUUAAUAAUUGGAAAAAAUUGUGUCACAGAAAUGGAGUAUCAAUUGGAAUACAUUAUGAAAAAUAACCUCAUUUCUCUCUACUGUACUUGUUUGAGCCACUACAGAUACCUUUGUCAUGCGACUUGGUAGGAUUUUAACUCUUAGGGGAGUUCAGAUCUAGCAAGUAAAUGAUAUGGAGAAUAAGAGAGAGAAAGAGAGUGAGAGGGGGAAUAUUUUACAGAAAUGUAAAGUUGGAAACGUUAAUCCCAUAUUGAGGUCUCAAAGUUUUUAUCCUAUUAACAGAAACACUGCAAUGUAAAUAAGGUGAUAAGGGAACAGACUUCUCUCCCAGUCGCAGUAGCCCUGUAAUUUGAAGAAGGGUAUUAAAAUAAUUUAAUGAAAUUAAGCACAGUGGACAAUAGAUGUAAAAUUGGAGAAUAUAUCACUGAGAGAAAGUGCAAAUGAAUGGGAAACCUGCCAGAAUACCAGUAUUUCUCUAAAAAUCACAAAACAGGACACUAAGUAUUUUUUCAACAUUUCAGUCAUACUUCAAAGAGAGAAAAUUUUAUUAUUCCAUUUUUUUCCUGAACAUUAGAUUUUGCUUUUUUUAUAUGAUGCAGAUAAAAGCUAUUUGGCAAACGUAGGUGAAAAAGCACGCAAAACAAACAACCUAUUAAUGCUCAGAAUUAUAUAUGUAUUCCCUAAAAAUGUAAAGCAUUUUUGCUUAUUUAUUAUGUAAAACAAAACUGUUAAAGUGUUAAUAAAAUCCUGUAGCCAAAGGAAAA